UUCAGCAGGGAAAUUGCAGCUCAUAUUGCUUUAACUAAUAAGGAUGCAAUCUUGUACAAAGAACGUAGUCUUUAUUAUUCUUAUAUUAGUUAAUUUCUGGUGUAGCAUUAUAGAAUAUAAAGAAGCAGGACCCCUUUCACUGAGAUUUUUCUAUGAUGUUUCCUUUGAUAGAAAUUAAGAUAUGCCUAAGUUAUUAAUUGGCAAGCUCCUAAAAUUUAUCAUAGCUGUUUCACAAAACUUACUUGGCGUAACGCAGUUGAUUAAGUCUUAACUUAAGAUACAUUGUAAGCCAGACAUUGAUCACAUCCACCCACCAGAGGCAGGUCUACUCAAGCGGACAGUUAUAGCUGCAAAGGUCCGAGUGGAAGCCAUUCAACAUCCAUACAGAGCAUCUGGGGACAUGGUAGAGGACGCCUUCUCGAUUACCAACGAGAACGAUUUUAACCUGCCCAAUCAACAGUAUCUUCAGAGAGCUGCGAAUCGUAUCCGACAAAAGCUGAGGCCUGCAGAGCCUAAGGACUUAACCUUUGAGAUUGACCAACGGUUCCUUAGAGACUUCAUACAGGGUGACGUGCGGGUAGAGAACGAGCGCCACAUCCCUCUUGCAACCCCCCUUCAGAAGGAGCUACGGAAAUCAGCGAAGAAUUGGUACUUGGAUGGUACAUUCAUGAUCAUUCGUCGACCAUUCGAACAACUGUUCUCCAUCCAUGGUUUCAUACAGAAGGACGACUGUAUGAAGCAAUUCCCUCUCCUCUUCGUCCUGAUGUCGAGACGCCGAAAGAGGGAUUACGUAGCAGUGUUCCAGAAGAUAUGCAGUCUUUUGCCUGACCUGGCGGUUGAGGGUUUCGUCAUGGACUUCGAACGAGGCUGGCACCGACGGAUGAAUGGGAAGGCAGGGAAGGCCAAGCUCCAAUUCUACGUUCUUGUUCCCCUGCUGCUGAAGGAAGCCAGCCAGUUGAGCAUCAUCAUGUGGCUUGUGGAUGAACAACAACUCACACGUUACCAGAGAUUGACGUACCGUCGAAUCCACUGGACCCUCCAUGAGCGCUGGGCCGAGUACGAGGAGAGGAUAAUCACUACAUCCCUUUUUCUGCGUAGAGUAGGACAGGUGGUCGCGCCAAGUGUUCCCAGACCGGACCAGUGAUAGUGAUUUACGUGUUAAUUCCGGAGAAAGUGAUAGUGUUAUAGUGCUGGACUGGACUGAUGAGAAGGACUGGACUGUAAAUAUUAUAUUAUUUAUGAAACUGUUAUUAUGUUUCGUUGUUUAGUCUUUACUGUUGUAGUUGUUAGUGCUCAUUACUUCGCUAAU